UAUCUUAUAAGAUCCGUAACUACAUUUAUGCCUUUAUGUGACACAAUUUAAAUAUCCACAGAAGUUUAAAAUCAACAAAUCAUUCAUGCAAACCCAUGCCAUAAAAUCUAAACAAUGCUGUCCUGUGUACAUAACAUAAAAAACUCAGUCCUGUACAAUCUGCACAAUAUUAAUAAUGCAAACCCAUCCCACAGAAAGAAACACAGCGUUAACGUCAUGGUAUCUCAAAUAUUAGUACCAAAUUGUUACUGCCAAAUUAGUGCUGGAGAAUUGAUUAAUUCAGGUAGUUUAGUUAGCAGUACAUACACUAUACAGUACGGCCAAAACUUUGAACACGACCAUGAUAUCCAUUACAUGGUUCUUCCCAAGAUUUUUAUUUAAUUUUUUUUUUUUGCCACAAAUUUGGAAGCCCACAAUUGUAUAGGGUGUCUUUGUAUGCUGUAGCUUUACAGUUUCCCUUCACUGGAACUUCGCAGCCCAAACAUGUUCCAGCAUGACAAUGCACCUGUGCAUAUAGUGAGCUCCAAAAUGACUUGAAUGUUUUUUUUCAAUCCUUAAAACAACUGAAGAGGAGUGCCUUAAGACUCUGUGAAUUACUUGCAAUAUACCUCGAUUAACCCGCCUUAGCCUCAAUUUAUUUUUUACUGUAUUUUUCUUUGUAUGUAUUUAGGUAUGUAUUAUUCUUUUUGCUUUUCUCUUCUUCUUUCUCUUUCCUUGUUAAAGUAUGCUGCUUGGAUUUAUUGUUGGUGUGCUUAACAAUGAUAAUGGAUGUUCUUAUACUCGAAGAUUUUUAAAAAUUGUUUUUGUUUUUUUUCCUUCAGUUUUCUCGCGUUGCUGUUCUCCUCCAGUCCAGCUGGUGGCGGUAACGCAGCAAGCACUAGUACGCCAAAAACAAGUAAAUACAAAAAGCCAAGAAGAAGAAGAACCAAAUAAACCGGUUGUUUUACGUGAUGGCAUCUCGCCGGGCACUUAAAGCCGUGCUCAUUGAUUUAAGCGGGACUCUUCACAUUGAGGACGCGGCUGUACCUGGAGCUCAGGAAGCACUCACAAGGCUGCGUCGUGCUAAAGUGGCUGUCAAAUUCGUAACCAACACGACCAAAGAAUGUAAGAGGACGCUGCUUGAGAGACUGCGGUGUCUCAGCUUCGACAUUGAAGAGCGAGAGAUCUUUACCUCACUGACUGCAGCUCGAAACCUGUUGGAGCUGAAGGAUGUGCGCCCCCUGUUGCUGGUGGAGGAUAGUGCACGGGAGGACUUUGCAGGUAUAGAAACCACAGAUCCUAACGCUGUUGUGAUAGGCUUAGCGCCAGACCACUUCAACUAUGAAAUGCUUAAUAAAGCUUUCAGGCUAAUUUUGGAUGGUGCCCCUCUCAUUGCUAUCCAUAAAGCCCGUUACUACAAGAGGAAAGAUGGCCUGGCGCUGGGACCUGGACCGUUUGUGACGGGUCUGGAAUAUUCCACUGACACACAGGCCACUGUUGUGGGCAAACCAGAGAAAACCUUUUUCCUGGAAGCUCUGCGGGAUCUGAACUGUAGCCCUGAGGAGGCCGUAAUGAUCGGAGACGAUGCUAGAGAUGAUGUUGGUGGAGCUCAGAACACAGGGAUGCUGGGAAUAUUAGUCAAAACGGGUAAAUACAGAGCAGGUGAUGAAGGCAAAAUAAAUCCUCCUCCUCACCUGACGUGUGAGAGUUUCCCUGAAGCUGUUAAUCACAUCCUUCAACAUCUGCUAGACACUAAAUAAUUUCUGUGAUGCUGUUUAAAGGUACAUUUAAUAUGUAUAUGCAGUAUGUGUGCCCAAAACACGGUAUAGUAAUUAAUUAUGCAGCAUCAGGUUAAAAUGGUGAUGGGCUAGAAUACGGUUUAGUUAUUGUGUUGGUCUCACUUGUCCUUCUGCAUUUGUAAGUUUCACUCACUUUUAACUGAUAUUCAUCUGACGUGUAAUUCCAGUCUCAUCACAACCAUUGUUCCAAAAAAAAAAAAAAACUGCCUUGAACCUUUCCUGUUACUGCAUUACACUCCAGACUCCAAGCUGAGCCAAUGUUAUAAAUAAAAACUACACUUAUUUAAAAUAUCCACUCUGUCUGUAUAUUUUCCACUUUGUUGGUCGGUCUGUAUGUGUAGUAUGUGUUGUCGUCCUGGUUUAUGUUCAAUUUGAGAAGGUAGACAGUACAGGUCGACCGAUUAAUCGCUUUUGCCAAAUAAUCAACACCAAUAACUGAUCGCUGGAACUAUCGGUUAUCGUCAAAAAUCCACACAGAUGGUUUUUCCCGGUUGCGUCCGUGUAGGGAGCGGCUGAGAAGGGUCCUCCGUCAUUAUACAGUAUGAGAGGCGAAAUAAAAUCACUGACUAAUUUUGUGUUAUUUGAAAUUGUUUUUUUUAAAAUUCAUUUUGGCUGUCUCUAUUUUUAUUUGUUAUUUGGAGUGUGACUUUACGGUUCAGUUUGGAUGUAUAUAUUUUAUUUACUUUGAUAUUUAUUAAUAGUUCAUAGAUAUUAAUAUUUCUCAUUUUUGAAAGUACAGUACUUUUGGCAGGCAACACUUGGGGUCACAGCAGGGGUCGUUUGCUUAAAAACUUUGGGAACCUCUGCCUAAGCCAGUGCCACACAUUAAUUAAUAUUAAGUAGGGGAUGUCCCCAGUACAGUACUGUGACUGGUGCUGUACUCUAAAGGUGCAUUCACACAUACAGUUACUCGCAGUGACACCCGUUCAUUCAACCGACAGACCAUUCGUUUUCAAAGAGAGCUGCCGAAUUCUGGCAACAUGAGUGACAGCGACCGUUGGCGAGUCAAGUGAAAUUGAGAGAAGUUUAACUUUAUGCAAAUUUGGAGUGACAUGGUGCAGCAACUCCCAAUGGGAGCGAAGACUGUAGAGCGCACGUGAUCUGUGAUCUGCCGUAUUGCCCGAGAGUCCGAGUUGUUUCGUGGACCCAAACAUUUCACCAAAGAUAGAUGCACACACUGCUUCUCCUUCAUCUUGUAGGAUAUGAUGCAUAUAUAUAUAUAUAUGCUGGUGAAUUUUAUAUACAAACACUCUCCCUCCAGGAUGUUUAAU